UUCAUACAGUGAAGCAGUAAGUCCUCCUAGCCACCUGGAAACCUUCCCAUCCAUCCCCAAUCCGACCUUCUUUCUCUCCCUCUUUUUUUUUUUUUUUUCUUUGGUACAAUCUUUCUCUCUCUUUCUCUACUUAACAAACAACUGCUGACCCCCAUUUUUCCCUUUCUUUUCCUUUCAUUUCCUCUCAUUUCCCUCUCUCUUUCUCUCUUUCUCAUGAGAGCUUAAGCCUCUUUUUUCCAAAACUGGAAACCCUUACAAGUCCAAACCCAAAUGGGAAAGUACAUUAGGAAGGCCAAAACGGCAGGGGAAGUUGCCUUAAUGGACGUCUCGCAGUCUUCCCUCGGGGUCCGAACCCGGGCCAAAACCCUCGCGCUUCAACGGCUACAAAAAUCCUCGAAUUCUCCGGAAACGGCGGCUUCGGCUCGGGCUUCCUCAGAUGGCUCGUAUCUCCAGCUGCGCAGUCGGCGGCUAGAGAAGCCGCCGAUUAUGGUGCAUCACCAUGAUUCGAAGAGGCAGAAGCAGCAGCAACAGCAUGAAGGGAUUAAGAAGGAGAGCUGUGGGCAUAACCCUAACCCUAGUACAAAUUCUCGGGUUCGAUUGGCUAGCGAGUUGGAUUUGGUCGUGGGAGAGGAAAAGGAGGGUGAAGUUGCAAGAGAAGAAAUUGUGCAAGAGAUUAAUGGAAAUGAUAAUAUUAACUAUAGUGACCACGACAAUAAUAACGGAACUAAGGAUUUUGGUGGUGUUGAAGCUUCCUCUGGAGAAAAUAUUUUGGACAUUGAAGCUAGAGAGAGGGGCACCAGGGAAUCAACUCCUUGCAGCUUGAUAAGGGACCCAGAGAGUCUAAAAACCCCUGGUUCUACUACUAGGCCUACCAGCUCAGCAGAGACUAACCAGAGAUUACAGAAUUCAAUGCAGCGACACAUUCCAACAGCUCAUGAAAUGGAUGAGUUCUUUUCCAUUGCAGAAGAAGAGCAGCAGAGACAAUUCAUUGAGAAGUACAACUUUGAUCCUGUGAAUGAUAAGCCGCUCCCAGGACGUUAUGAAUGGAAGAAAGUGGACCCUUAGACAACAUUAGUGUUCCAUCUGGUCGACUUAUUUUCCUGCCAAUUCUCACUUGAUCUUAAAUUUAGGUUUGUUCAGCUAGCAGGAAUUAGUCUUUAGUUGUAAAGGUGAUGGUGUUAUUUCCAUUUUCCAUCACCCUUAAUUGUAAAGAAAGAAGUAGGACCGUUGAAAAAAAUGUCUAGACUAAUGGUCUGUAACAUAACAGAGGUAAGAAGUUACACAAAAAAUACAAGUCAAAGUCCUUUGUCUAACAGAUCAUCUAAGAAGGGAAAGCAAUGAAGGUGUAGGUUAGAGAAUUUAGGGACUUUAGGGUCGGUCGAUUAGGAUUGUUGAUCUGGUACAGAAUUUCUUUUUUUUUUUUUACUGUAUUUCCCUCUCCUUCUUUGUCUUAUACUUGUACUGAUGGAACUUUGAAAAACUCUUUGGAAUAAACAUGAUCCCUUCC